GGCUACGGACGUUGUUCUUUCGAUUGCUUCUGGCUGGAGGGGAAACCAUUGAAUGAAGAUGGCGGCUACUCCAGCAACAAACCCCUCGCAGUUGCUUCCACUUGAGCUUGUGGAUAAAUGUAUCGGCUCCCGAAUUCACAUCGUCAUGAAAACCGACAAAGAAAUCGUCGGCACCUUGUUGGGGUUCGAUGACUUCGUCAAUAUGGUCCUGGAAGAUGUGACAGAAUUUGAAAUCACACCAGAGGGCAGGAGGAUAACCAAACUGGACCAGAUUCUCCUCAAUGGCAAUAACAUCACCAUGCUCAUACCUGGAGGAGAAGGCCCUGAAGUAUGAGAGUCAUCGCUCAAAGAGGAAACAUUCUUAUGUUGUGUAUACAAACCUCCUUUGUUGCGCUCCUUAGUUGAUGUAAUUGUUUUUUGAAGAUGUUUUUUUUUUUUUUUAUCUUGUUAACCAAUUAAAAGUUUGAGAUAAGUGAGAAUUGCACUUCACAAUUAAACUUUGUUUUGUUUUUUACAAAUAAAUGAGAAUCAAACCAU